AGCGGCACCCCUGUGAUCCCAGUCCUCCUGUGCUUUCCCAGAGGCCAUGAUUACGUGUCCUUUGUCGUUUACUUUCUGCACCAGCGGUAGCCAAAAACCCUGAAGAGGGCCAAAGGAAGGACAGAGGUUGGCUGCCUCCACAGCACUCUCGCAGGGUCUCCAGCCUACUGGUCCUUGGUCCUAGGGUCCUCUAAGUCUGGUGGUCCACCUGGGACCAGGCGUCUGGUUCCUUUCUCUUCUCCGUGUCUUUCGAUGAUGAUGAUGAUGAUGAUGAUGAUGAUGAUGAUGAUGAUGAUGAUGAUUUCUCCUUCCUCUUUACUUUUUUUCACAGAGAAAGGGCGGAGGCCCUCGGAUUGGAGGGGCAUUUGUGGAGCCAUACUGCCAUCAAGCGGAAACUGUUUCUGGAAAUCGGAGGCUGUAGGGCAGAAGCACUGGGGAAAGCCCAGGAGCGCAAAAGAGAGGGUGGUGUGGGACUCCAGACUCAAGCAGGACGGGAGAGGAACUCCUCGCUGGCCCUUGGCCUGGGCUCAUUCCCAGGAUGCCGCCCUGGCUCCACAGCUGCGGGAUAGAGGCUUUCUGGGCCCCCUGUGGCCCCAGCCAAGGGCAUCCCAGAACUGCCCCCAAAAGAGACCAGAGCAAAGGGCCCCGUUCUCUGGCUGUCAGCGGCCAGUGGCUUCCCUUCUGCGUAUCUCAAAAUGGCUGCUGGGGCAGCUCCACCCUGUGGGCUGACGGGGCUUCGGGAUGCCUGGCUGAUCUGUCUCGGGGCCUCUAGAGUAGCUGCUUCUCCAAGGGGUCCCAAUGGCAGGUACGCUUUGUUCUGGGGCUCUAAACCCCGGUCGGGGAAACCCUGGCUUAGGCAGAGUCCACCCAGCCCCGCCCAUCCUCGCUCUUCUGGGUGCCUAGCAGAAGGCAAGUGUCCCUGCAGCCUGUUGUCAUGUGCAGAAACACCUUCCGCUGGAUGGCACUGUGGCUCCACAAAUGGCGGUCAGGCCUUUGCCUUCCCCCACCUUGCCUUCGUCUUUCUCCAUUUGCUGCCAACGGAAUAAAACAAAUGCAAAACACCCAAAGCAAAGAAACAACCAAAGAAACCGGCCGAGGAGCACCCACCUCACCUACAGCAGGGCUGCCCACCUACGUGGUCACUUUGGGGAAACCUGCAACAGUAGGAGGGUUCUCUGCCUCCCCCCUUCCCUCUGGAUUCUUCUCCUGGGCAGGGUUCCCGGUGAACCGGAGAACCUGAAGAAAUUCCACCCUUAGGGCUGUGGCAUGCUGGGGGUAGGUCGCACUGCGGGCAGUGCAAGUGAGUACAGGGGGAGGGAUAUGUGGAUGUGUGGGUCUGCAUGCCGGCCGCUGCAGAUUCCUCUAGGAAUCUGCACAGGCCGCCUGAGCAAGAGACCAGGCUGCAUGCUUGUGCGCACCACACUUGUCCUCAGGUAGCACUCUUCCUCUUGGGGAAGCGACCAACGUUGAAUCGAAAGCAGCCAGGUCCAGCAGGCAUCCGCACAUUGUUGACCCAUCUAGCUGCAGGGAGUAGGGCCGGAUGUUUUUUGGGAUGGGACUGGACAGGACGGACUCCUGGCCGAGACCUUCAGCUGCCUCUCUCUCUCUCUGGAGCCCAGGCACUCAUCCGUGCACAGGGGUAGGAGGAGCAUUCCGGGUGGGUUUCACAGGUGGCUGUCCUGGAGAGAGAGAGCCUCUUGACAUAUCUGACCGAGCAUGCGUGCUCCCUGGAAGGUGCUGGCUCACCACUUAGUUGCCAGGCAUCUUGGUCAUCCUACCCAAGUGCGUGGGUAGCCAGGGCCCAGACUACCCCCUUUCUCCUGGGCCCAGUCUGA